ACAAGCGAGGCCACUCACGGGUACACGUGUCACCUCCUCCACCCGUACACCUGUUACGGAUCGGGCUCCGAACCGGACCCACAGCACCUUCACACUUCGCACGCGCGCGUGGACAACCGGGGAGGAGAGCCACUACCGCACAGCCUAUCUCCUCUUCGUUCCCGACGCCGGCGAGCCACCCACCUACCCACCGAUGGCGGCGACCGUGAGAGGCGCCGCCACGCGCUCCCCUCUUCUCCUCCACCACCACCACCGCCUCCCCACGGUGGGCAGGGCCAGGAUUGGGGGUGGACGGGAGGGGCGGAGGCGGGCCGGGGCCGGGGUUAGGGUUUUCGCGCGCUACUCCCAGGCCCAGGACUUCUCCACUCGCCUCCAAGAUAGAGUUGGUGAAUUGCCUAAAUUAGUUGAGGACCUUCUCCAAACGUCGAUUAAUACGGGGCCUCGAGGUGCUUUCAGGAUGGCCCAAGGGAUCCAAGCUGUGCUUGGGGUUGGUGGGGAGUGGCUAAACGACUUCUCAAAGACAGCUAACGCAUCAGCAGGAAUUCCAGAUCAGAUGCGGCUUGGUUUGCUUUCUCCUCGUUACCUUAGAAGGCUUUUUGAGCGCAUGGGUGCAACUUAUAUCAAGCUAGGUCAGUUCAUAGCAUCUGCACCAACUUUGUUUCCUGCAGAAUAUGUUGAGGAAUUCCAGAACUGCUUUGAUCGGGCACCAGCUGUCCCAUAUGAUGUGAUUGAGUCAAUAUUGCGUGAGGAGUUACAGCGGCCAUUGGAUAGUGUAUAUGAAUACAUUGAUCCAGUGCCAAUAGCCUCUGCCUCAAUAGCACAGGUUCAUGGGGCUAGGUUGAAGAGCUCUCAGAAGGAUGUGGUGAUUAAAGUUCUAAAGUCUGGUAUUGAAGAUACUUUGGUUGCUGAUCUGAAUUUUAUCUAUGUUGUUGCUCGUGUCUUGGAGUUCCUAAACCCUGAACUACAAAGGACAUCAUUGGUAGCUAUUGUCAAGGAUAUAAAGGAAUCAAUGCUCGAAGAAGUUGAUUUUAGAAAAGAGGCUGCAAAUAUUCAGGCCUUUCAGAGCUACAUAGAUGCAAUGGGAUUUGACAGGCAGGCAAAAGCUCCAUUUGUGUACCAGCACUGUAGCACAAAACGUGUGCUGACUAUGGAAAGAUUGUAUGGUGUUCCACUUACUGAUCUUGAUUCAAUAAGGUCUCUUGUUCCUGAUCCUGAGUUGACUUUAGUCACUGCCCUUAAUGUCUGGUUUGGAAGCUUGAUAUCCUGUGAAUCCUUCCAUGCAGACGUGCAUGCAGGAAACCUAUGGUUGCUCCGUGAUGGGAGAAUUGGAUUUAUCGAUUUCGGAAUUGUUGGUCGAAUAUCUCCAAGGACUUGGGCUGCUAUGGAGGUCUUUCUGGCUUCUUUUGCAACUGAGGAUUACAAUGCUAUGGCUUCUGCCCUUUCUGAGAUGGGUGCUACAGGGAAGGAUAUAAAUAUUAAUGAAUUUGCAGAGGACCUGCGAAAGAUAUUCUCAUCAAUACAGGACUUGGAUACUGAAAUCAUAGUCGCAACAGCAAGAGGACCUGAUGCUACAGCCGUAUCUGCUAAUGUUGUCCUUGACGAGAGACAGAUGAAUGCACUAUUUCUUGAUCUGGUUAGGGUUAGCGAGUCGUAUGGGCUGAAAUUUCCUCGGGAGUUUGCUCUUCUCAUGAAGCAGCUUUUGUAUUUUGAUCGUUAUACAAGAUUGUUGGCUCCCAGCAUGAACAUGCUGCGAGACGAGAGAAUCAACAUCACCACCGAUCGACAACCCAGAAGAACGAAUCAAUUUCAGUAGCGCUACCUCAAUAGUCAUAUACUAGAGAAGUUCUUGUAAUGAAGCGAUAGUUAGCAAGCUCAUGCGACCGAAUACUGUAUAUAGUUUUGCCAGACCAGCAUAGAAAUGAACCACAUACAAGGAAUCUUGUACACUUCUUCAUAUUGUGGAAUUUGGCGUUAUGCCAUAGCAACUAGGCAACAUGUCAAAAGCUGUAUGUCACGAUCAAAGUAAAUUUUAGUAGACUGAA